AUGCCUCGUGCCUUCCUGGUCAGGAGUCGGCGUCCACAGCCACCCAACUGGGGCCACCUACCUGACCACCUCCGGGGAGAUGCCUAUGUCCCAGGUGGGCCCCUCACUGGGCCUAGAGGUGAGGGGCAGGAGACACAAAGCAUCACCAUCUGGCUUCUCUCCUCAGACUGCAGCAGCCUGAGGGGGCCACCGGCACACCAGUCUUCUAGCCUCCAGGACUCUUGGGCAGCGCCCUCCCAGGGCACUCUGACUGCCACUCCUAGGAGCCCUGGGACGCUUGGCUGCCCCCUCUGCCCCAAGGCCUUCCUGUUGCAGCGCAUGCUGACCCGGCACCUCAAGCGCCACAACCCUGCCCGCCGCCACGUGUGCCACUGCUGUGGCAAGGGCUUUCACAACGCCUUUGACCUCAAGCGGCACAUGAGGACUCACACGGGGAUCCGGCCAUUCCGCUGCGGAGCUUGUGGCAAAGCAUUCACGCAGCGCUGCUCACUUGAAGUGCAUCUUGCCAAGGUACACAGAGAGCCGGCCAGCUACGCUUAUCGUGAGCGCCGUGAGAAGUUACAUGUGUGUGAGGACUGCGGCUUCACCAGCUCGAAUCCUGACGCCUACGUGCAGCACCGCGCCCUGCAGCACCGCGCCCUGCAGGCGCUGCUUGAGACUGGGAACCCUGUAUCCAACCAUUGAGAGAGAAAUAAACAGAGGAAAGGCACGCACAGAACACAGCAUUUAUUACACAAGCGGGAGAG